AUGUCCAAGCUGAUCAAGGUGCUCCGGACGCUCCCCACGAACCUAUUCCGCGUCAACAAUGGCCCGCAGGUGCGGCUGAGGGAGUGGUCCCGGCAGCGCCGCGUCUUCGACAUUUGCCCGGCCAAUGGAUUGGUGAAGCCGCUGGCUCUGGAUCCAAAGUCGUACCGAGCACCUAAUGGCGCCUCGAUGCGGCCCAACUCGCCGUACCAGCAACACCUCGUCUCCAACCUAUUUAGGGGCGACGGAGUCAUCGUCUACUCCGUACCGGCAGGAACCCAGUUACCGCAAGACCUGCUCCUCGUCCAUGAGCGUACAGAUCACUAUUCCCUUCAGCCAGGUAGAGAAAUGACGCUGCAAGAUUUGAAUGAUAUCAUUACGACUUUCUUGAGGCGUAAUGCGACCGUCUACACGAGGGAGCAAUGGCUUGAGGCCUACCCCGAGCCGACUGAGCACGUGUAG